AUGGGUUCUGAAUUAGCCUACACCAAGGACUGCUCUUAUUUCCAGCUACAAUAUGUUGUAUCUGGAGCCAACUCAAUUCAUGAUAUUAAUUCGGUAGUCAAUGGUAAUACUGAUCCUGGCACUGUACCUCGUUCUAUUACUAAUAUAAGCCAUGUAGAUAGGCAAAAGAUUGCAAACCUUGCUAAAGAUGGUGUCAAAAAGCGCUGGAAUUGCUAUAUGCAGGAGAAUAUGUCGGCUGAUGAAAUAGAAGUAGCUAUCCACACAGAUUCAGGACAGGCUGACAGGCUUCGGUUGGCUUACUCCAGCAUAGAGACUGCAGAGCUUGGGUAUAUUGAAUUCAAGCGAAUUGAUUUUCUGGGAAGUCAGAGUCGUAAAAGUUUUGAAAUGUUGAAACACCUAAACGACGAAAAUAAUAUUAAUGUAGUCAAUGGUAAUACUGAUCCUGGCACUGUACCUCGUUCUAUUACUAAUAUAAGCCAUGUAGAUAGGCAAAAGAUUGCAAACCUUGCUAAAGAUGGUGUCAAAAAGCGCUGGAAUUGCUAUAUGCAGGAGAAUAUGUCGGCUGAUGAAAUAGAAGUAGCUAUCCACACAGAUUCAGGACAGGCUGACAGGCUUCGGUUGGCUUACUCCAGCAUAGAGACUGCAGAGCUUGGGUAUAUUGAAUUCAAGCGAAUUGAUUUUCUGGGAAGUCAGAGUCGUAAAAGUUUUGAAAUGUUGAAACACCUAAACGACGAAAAUAAUAUUAAUGUCUAUGAACUGUUGAUCAGAGAAUGA